AUGAGUACCCCCCCCCCCCCCCUCGAGAUAUGGAGUUACGAACGGAGAGGUGUAGCAACAUCCACACCAUACAAAGGAGAGGGCACAGCAAAACCUGGACCACCAGUAUCGAGUCUUACAGACUCUUCGGAUCAUGACAGGGGUAAAGAAAUGGUCCUUUCAGGUGUAGAGGAGUUGAUCACAGCAAGUGAAAAAGUUGACGUGCUUGAAUCAAGUAUGCACUCGUUGGCAAUUUCUGAAAAACAUGAUGACGACCUAGAGGCUGCUAAUGAUUUGCAGAAUAGUAUGAUUGAGAUGGAGGAAGCUGUUUGCUGGGAAGAUGACGACUCUGAUGAGGAUUAUGUUCCUUUCCUCUAUCUACGAUCUACUGGAGCUUCAAGGGCAGAAAUUGACAAGCUUCCUGAAAUACACAUAGAUGAGGCUGUGCUGGAUGUAGAGGAGGUGCCCAUAUUGCCUGAAGAAGAUCAACACAUUCCUUUGUACUUGGUGAUGGCAGAAUGGACUCCCCUGGCCACUGUGCACAAUUUUGUACAUACACUAUGA